AAUACAGACUAUAUUCCUAUAUUUAGCAAUUUUGUGGUAUCCAAGAAACCAUCUCCUCUUAAUAUGAAAUUAAAUAUAAAGUCCCAAGUGAAGAUGAACAAGAAAAUGCCAAGUCAAACACCGAUUAUGUGAAUUAGCCAACUUGUGGGACCCCAGAAAGUGGCUCCAAAAACACCUGGGAUAUGUUUCUACUCCAAAAGAAAUUCUGAAGAUUAUGCUACGGCAGAUAUUGAGGUCGGCCAAUCGUGAAGUAAAUCUAACUCAAAUUCCUUCUUUGCUUGCUCUCCAAGAAGCAAGUCUGUUAUUAAAGAUACUAGUGAUGAAUCUGGUGUUGAAAAGUCAUUAGCAAUGAAAGGAAUGCCCUCUAAAAUAAUUCAGAGUAAAUAAAACAACGAGGAACACCAUUGUAGCUAAGCCUAUAUCUAAAAGAAGCAGAAGCUCGCAAAAGACGAGAGUUGAUGCUAAUAUAAGUAAUAUUCCUGUGAGUCGUAUCAAGAUCGACAAUCCUUCUACAAGAUCUUCCAUUUUCACAAAAGAUUUGAGGAAAAAGGUGUUUGAUAGACUCUAUACUGAAAGAUCCAAGGAGCAACCUUUGUUGAAAUUAGGCAAAUAUUUGAAGCUAAAGAGACUAAAGAACUCCUCUAGGAAGACCUGCAGAGUAAGAAUCAAAUCAUGCAAGAAAAAGAGCUUACUUAAUGAAUCCCUGCAAUAUUCCGGAGAGAAACCUCGCAUUCAGAGCAACCAGAGGAAGCCAAAAGAAAAUGAGCGUAGAAAUAUGCUUGAAAGAGCAAAUCUCAAGGAGAAAAGACGAGUCAUGAUCCAGAAGUUCUGGAUUAAGAAACAGUUGGAAUCAAAUGAGAAGCAAUCAAUCAAGAAAUAUAGGUAGUCUAGAGAUAGCUCUGAAGACCCCCUUUUUUGAUUUCAAUAUUCCUUCA